UUCUCAUCUUAUUUCUCUAUCUUCUUUACUCUCUCUUAACUCUGUCUUAACAGUCUGUGCCUAACCAGCAGAAGAAAUCUGGAAGUCUGAGGCUUUACAUUAAAGAGCUUGUGAUGAGGAACUUCAGAUCUUAUGCUGGUGAACAACGCGUCGGUCCUUUCCACAAGGUUAGGGUUUUACAUUCCCUCAAUUUCAUUUUCGAGAAAAUUUGAAUCUGAUUAGGUUUGGGUUUUUAUCACGUUUUCUUGAAUUUGAGCAUAGUUUUUCGAAAUUCUGAUUUUGGAUACUUCUAAUUUGAAUUGAUGCGUUGUGAUUUUUUCUAACCUUGGAGAUAAAUUGAAAAAAGUCAUAAGAGUUUUUCUGCGGUGGUUGGACCUAAUGGGAGUGGAAAGAGUAAUGUGAUAGAUGCAAUGCUCUUUGUGUUUGGAAAACGAGCAAAGCAGAUGCGGCUGAACAAAGUUUCGGAGCUCAUUCACAACUCAAAUAAUCACCAAAACUUGGAUAGUGCUGGAGUUUCUGUACAGUUUGAAGAGAUUAUCGAUUUGGAGGAUGAAUCGUAUGAGACUGUUCCUGGAAGUGAUUUCAUGAUUACUCGGGUUGCAUUCCGGGAUAAUUUGUCCAAGUAUAAUAUUAAUGAAAGGUUGAGCAAUUUCACUAAAGUUACAAAAAAAAUAAAGGGGAAAGGAGUAGAUCUUGACAACAACCGUUUCUUGAUUCUUCAGGGGGAGAUAGAACAGAUAUCACUCAUGAGGCCGAAAGCUCAAGGUCCCCAUGAUGAAGGUUUUCUUGAGUAUCUCGAAGAUAUCAUUGGAACAAAUAAAUAUGUGGAGAAUAUAGAUAAAUUAAAUAAGCAGUGAGUGAUCUAUGCAGAUUUUGGAAAAUACAGUAGUCUAAAAGAUGAGCGAGUGAAAAUGGACGAAAGUAAUCAAGAGUUAAAAGAAUUCGAGUCUGUGCAUGAAAAACAUAAGAAGAGGCAAGAGGUUCUUGAUAAUGAACUUAGAGUCGGUAAGGAGAAGUUCAAAGAGUUUGAAAGGCAGGACGUAAAACAUAGAUCUGUGAUACUGAGUUGGUCUUAGUAAACUAUUAUCAAAUUAGGAAGUCAGGAACGUGUUAUGGUGGAUUUUGUAUCAGAAAAUGAAAUGCAAUAGGGAGUGUUCUUAGUAAAUCUUCAAGGAAAAACAAACAGAUCAUAUACAUAAACUGAAGGAGAAAGUGAAAACUCCCGAGGAUGUACCACGCCUCUUUGAUCUGAUCAGAGUAAUGGAUGAAAGUAUGAAGCUUGCAUUCUAUGCAGCCUUGGGAAACACUGUUGUGGCAAAGGAUCUUGAUCAGGCAACACGUAUUGCAUAUGGUGGGAACAGAGAAUUUCGAAGAGUCGUGACUCUUGAUGGUGCCCUCUUUGAAAAAUCUGGUACCAUGAGUGGAGGGGGAGGCAAGCCACGUGGGGGAAGAAUGGGAACCUCUAUCCGAGCCACUGGUGUGUCUAGCCAAGCUGUUUCUAAUGCAGAAAAUGAGCUCUCCAAAAUUAUUGAUAUGUUAAGCAACAUCUGUGAAAAGAUUGGCAAUGCUGUGAGACAAUAUCGAGCUGCAGAAAACGAAGUCUCUCGCCUGGGGAUGGAACUGGCGAAAAGCAAAAGAGAGGCUUUGGAGAUGCAAACCAACAUAGAGAACGCUGGUGGUGAAAAAUUAAAAGGACAGAAGCCAAAGGUUGAGAAGAUUCAGACUGAUAUGGACAAAAAUAAUACAGAGAUCAAUCGGUGUCAUGUUCAAAUAGAAACAAACCAGAAACUGAUAAAGAAGUUGACAAAGGGGAUUGAAAAGGCGACUCGAGAAAAGGAGAGGCUAGAGGGUGAGAAGGAAAAGUUGCAUGUGACUUUGAAAACUAUAGAACAGAAAGCAUUCGCAAUCCAAGAGACAUAUAAAGAAACACAGAAGUUGAUUGAUGAGCAUAAAGACAUUCUGACUGAAUCAAAGUCCAAUUAUGAGAAUCUGAAAAAGUCUGUGGAUGAGUUGAAGGCAUCUAGGGUAGAUGCAGAAUUCAAAGUACAAGAUAUGAAAAAGAAAUAUAAUGAAUUAGAAAUGAGAGAGAAGGGCUACAAGAAGAAACUCAGAAACUCAACGACUUGCAGAUUGCUCUCAGAAAGCAAAUGGAACAAAUUCAGAAAGAUCUUGAUGAUCUGGACAAGCUCCAAGCAACAUUUAUGGAUAAUAAUUUGAAUGAAGCUUGUGAUCUGAAAAGGGCUCUUGAAAUGGUUGCCUUACUGGAGGCUCAGCUAAAAGAGUUGAAUCCAAAUCUUGACUCCAUCGCCGAGUAAGAAUUUAGUUGUUGUUUCUUCCUUACUUCGAUUUACACAUGUUUCUCUAGCUUUCUUGAUUGUUUGCUAUAAUUACUUAUAGGUACCGGAACAAAGUGGAACUUUACAAUGGACGGGUAGACGAACUUAACUCGGUGACCCAAGAGCGUGAUGACACAAGGAAGCAG